UGAAGUUCAUUGAAAAGCGACAUUGUUUCUUUAAGGUUGCUCUUGCAGUCAUCCGCGGGUCUGUCCAUUGUUGGGGGAACAGAACGCGAGCUGAGAUUGAUAUACGGGGGCCGAGACAAGUUACGCAUAUCAUCAGCGGACCAGUUGCAGUGCAGACAGCAAGACAGUAGCCAACAAGUCCUUGAACGCAUCCUUCCAGACAUGGGUUGCUAUGACUGCUGUAUGCGGUGUUUGGGUGGGGUGCCGUACUGCUCCCUUGUUGCCACACUUCUUUGCUUCUCCGGUAUUGCCCUCUUCUGUGGUUGUGGGCACCAGGCGCUCACAGAGACAGAGAGACUCAUCGAGACAUACUUUGCACGUAACCUUCAAGACUACAUAACCCUAGCCUACAUCAUUCAGUAUUUCCAGUAUGUCAUCUAUGGUUUGGCCUCCUUUUUCUUCCUCUACUGCAUUGUGCUGCUGGCUGAGGGCUUCUACACUACGAGCGCUGCAAAGCAAACCUUUGGCGAGUUCAGGAGCACCAUGUGCGGCCGCUGCCUCAGCUCCUCGUUUAUAGUGAUGACGUAUGUACUUGCUGUACUCUGGCUGCUGGUGUUUGCCCUCUCCGCCUUGCCAGUGUACUUCUUCUACAACAUGGAUGCUACCUGCCACACUAUUAAUGUUCUGACUGACACCUCAGCAAGUAUCAACCAGCUCUGUGUUGAUGCAAGACAGUACGGACUCUUGCCGUGGAAUGCAGUACCAGGGAAAGCUUGUGGCAUGACCCUGUCCAAUAUUUGCAAGACAAGAGAGUACCAAAUGACCUAUGACCUCUACAUUGCUGCCUUUGCCGGCGCAGGCAUCACACUCCUGGCUCUGCUGACCUAUACUGUGUCAACCACCUAUAACUUUGCGGUUCUGCGGUAUCUGGGGAGAAAGGGCAUAGGUGCACGGUGUUAGGACCCAGCUUCCUGUCUUUUUGUGGCACAGCUUCACCACCAACAAAGGAGUUUAAAUCGAUGGAAACUCUUCUCUUCCUUUAUGUGAUCUGCACAGAACCACGUCUGGUCCUGGACUUUUUUUUUUUUUAAACCUGUUUAUAUUUUUACUUUUUUUGGCAUUCAGAAGUUGUUUUUUUUUCUUAUGUUUUUUCUUUUUUUUUUAAUGGGUGUAAUUUCUGUUUUGAAACCUUACUUUCAUUCUUUUCGAUGUGUUUCAAUUUUUGCCAAACUAUUUGUGAAUUAUGGUUCUUGUCACUUGCCAAGUUAAAUGUCUGAAAUGAAUUUCUGCCUCCUGCUGUACUCACAAAUAACACACCAUUAACAAAUUAGCAUAUGUAUUAAAUGUCCACUAAUUUGCAAGAUGUGCAGGUAGGUUGCAGCUGUUAUGAAGAAUUGGGGAUUAGAGGUUACUGUGACUACCAACCAUCACAUCUGGCUGCCAUGGUAGCAGACAAGCAUGCGCGUGCUGUCCCACGCUGACCUCCCGGACUUUUCUCACGGACUGGAAAAAAGCCUCAACAAUGGAGUCAUGCCCGUUUUAAAAGCUAGCCAAUAAGGAGCCAGUUCUGGGGCCACCUGCACUAUUACUCUCUGCCAGGGGUUAUAUUACAUGUCAAGGGAGAGGGUCCUCUGGACAAAGAGAGGGUUAGACCUCUCCAGAGCCUUAGUGCAGCUCUUCUGGGACAGCAACUACACACACACCUCCACAUGCUGCUGCAUGACCCCCACCUCCUCUUCUAAAAUGGAUUCAGAGUGAGGGGACAAAGGGAAUCUUAUUUUGAAUAGUUUCUUACUGACAAAGGGCCAUUUUGUUUUUGUUUAGAUCUAGUGAGGUCUGAAAUUGUUUCUCAUAAUGUUGAGAUUGCAGAAGCACUAGGUGCUUAUACUUGAAGUAACCUCGUGAUAUAAAACCUAAACUGCUUUGUUGAGGUGCGAUACCCCCUGCUGGUAAUGUUUGGCUGAGGUACUUAAAUAGAAAAAGGACAGCUUUGUUUUGUGUCUAAUUCUUUAGGGAUUUUAUUGUAGUUAUUGUAUAACACACUGUUUUUACUUAAUGUAGCUGAAUUUAAUUUGCUUUGUUUUUUUAGAUUUGGAUAUUCCUAAAAAAAAAAAAACUUGCAACCUAAGAAUUAGAUUUUAGUGGAAGCUUGGCAUUGCUUCUGAUAUUGAAUUUGUCAGGUUGCAGCAGGGUUUUUUUUUCCAGAUGUUGGUAAUAUUUAAUAAAAAAAUGCUUUGAACUGUUUGUACA